GUGAUGUUUCGGUAUCUCCUAUGCCCAUGUAAUCUCCAAGUAAUCUUGAGAUUGUAGGUUUCUGCAAUCUUCGGCUCAGAAUCGUCUUGACUUGUACAUCUCCUCAUCGAAUCGUCUGCAAUCAACCAAUGACAAUGAGCACCAGUUCAGGCUCCCGUAUUGCCUGCGUGACUGUUGGACUUCCCGCAACUGGCAAAACCCUGAUCUCACAAAAAGUCUGCCGAUAUCUCCAAUGGCUUGGUAUCACGACCAAAAUUUUCAACGUCGGCAACUAUCGCCGAAAGCUUCAUGGAGCGCACCAGCUACACAACUUCUUUGACCCGACCAAUCCUGAUGGCGAGCGUUCCCGUCGCGAGGCUGCUGUCGAAGCAUUGAACGAUAUGAUUUACUGGUUUAAGAAGGAACAGGGCGUCGUUGCGCUAUAUGACGCCACUAAUUCGACUCGAUCCAGAAGGGACAUGCUUUUGGCUGCCUGCAAAAAGCAUGAUAUUCAAGUCAUGUUCAUCGAGUCUAUCUGUGAGGACGAAGCCCUGGUGUUGCAUAACAUCAUGUCUGUCAAGCUGUCGUCGCCGGAUUACCAGGACAUGGACCCUGAGCAAGCCGUUGAGGAUUUCAAAGCAAGAAUCGUGCACUACAAGGAGGCAUACGAGACUAUCACGGAGGAGAAUCUGACCUAUAUCAAGUUGAUCAACGUGGGCAGCCAGGUUAUCAUUAACCACAUUCAGGGAUAUCUCCAGUCCAGGAUCGUCUACUACCUCAUGAACCUGCACAUCGCUCCCAGGAGUAUUUUUUUCAGUCGGCAUGGAGAGUCUCUGUACAACGUGAUGGGCAAACUUGGUGGCGAUUCGGAUUUGAGUGCGCGUGGCAAGCAGUAUGCCAAAUCACUGCCGCUGUUGAUCGCCACCCACCUCGGCAACUCUGACCAGUUGACGGUGUGGACCUCGACUAUGAAGAGAACAAUUGCAACGGCGGAGCAUUUGACAUAUCCCAAGCUUGCAUGGAAGGCAUUGGACGAGUUGGAUGCUGGUGUUUGCGAUGGCAUGACAUAUGAAGAGAUCGAGGAACAAUACCCAGAGGACUUUGCCAACAGAGAUGAGGACAAGUUCAAUUAUAGAUAUCGAGGUGGCGAGUCCUACCGCGAUGUCGUUCUACGACUGGAGCCUGUCAUCAUGGAGUUGGAACGACAGCGCAACAUCCUUAUCAUUGGACAUCAGGCGAUCUUGCGAUGCAUCUACGCCUACUUCAUGAACCACUCCCAUGAAAAAUUACCAUACAUCAAGAUUCCGCUCCAUACGGUCAUCCAGCUUACACCUCGAGCAUACGCAUGUGAUGAGAAGCGAUUCAAGGUCGAUAUCGAGGCUGUGGAUACGCACCGACCCAAGCCCAAAACUGGCGCAGUCAAGUCGCCUGCAGAUGCCGCUGUAGAUACGCCUGUCGAGGCAACGGCUCUAGAUGCCGUGCAGCAUCCGAUCGGAGAAGGAGAGAAGGAUAUCGGUGCUACCAUCACGACAACCUCGAUGUCGACGACUACCUUCAAAGACAUCGCAUUCCAACGCAGCAAGAGUAUUCACCGGUCUUCCAAGGACGCCGGCACCAAUGCAGACUCGACCAAUAGACAGGCUAAGGUGCUGCAAUCUGCACUCGUUGAUGCCGCAAUAGCCGACUCGUCUGCCAACCCGGCUGUCGCACUGCCGUUGGACCAGAUAAACACGCCAGGUGCAGAUCCAAAGGAUAUGCCUAAGAACAACCUCGAUGGUGCGUUUACACCUCCCACAAGUUCACAGCCAGAUGGUACAUCAGGUGGCGAGUCGCAGUCAUACUUCACAGAGGUCAAGAAUGAUGGGUCAGCGUACGCAGCAGAGCCAAACCUCUCCAUAAAGACCAAGGACUUGAUAUCGACUCCUCCAAUGGCUCGUCUUAAGAGUGACGCCCUUAAUCCGGCCUCAGCCUGGCAAGAGGGGCCCGAGUACGAGCUGACUGCAGGAGCGAGUCCUCGUGAUCCUGUGAUGAGCCCAGGAGGACGUCUCUUACCAAAGAAGCAGGACAACUAUCACUUUCCUUAAAUCGGAUGCCGUAUAUCCCGGGACAUGUGAAGCAAUGAUUCAUAGAUGCAGACGUGCAGUAGUCAAAGAUGUUGAUU